AUGAAUCUAAGGGUUUUUCAAGAACGCAAUUCUCGCUCAAGGUCUCCGAAACGUUACAGCUUAAACCGGAAAAUUAAAGAGAGGUGGGUUAUACACUGCGUUUUAAAAAUGUUAGAGUUUCUGUGCGUUUGUACCUUGUAUUAUAUAGAAUGUAACUGAUAUAUACUCAGAUAGCAGAUUAAAUUUGUUAUCCUUUGAUUUUUCAACACAAUGGCAGGUGAUCGCCGUUUUACGUUUAAAACCUGAGAACGACGCAUGUAUAGUGGCAGUAAUGACAGUCAAUUAGUUCAGUGCAUGUGCCUUACGAAAUUAGUACGGCUGAAACGGCUGUCCGUUUUAUACAGCUCACCUCUCCAGGGUUCUAUCUAGGAUUUAUCGUUUGGGGGAGAAGUCCCGAGUGCCCGAAGGCCACGAGCUUCCUAGGGGGGUCCGGGGGCAUGCUUCCCCGGAAAUUGUUUAAAAUGAAUAUGCGCUGAGAUGCAAUCUGGUGCAUUUUGAGACCCAAUUUUGAGAAAUGUGCACUGACCUCAUCGCGUCCGGAUGAUUUUUCCGAUACAGUUACUUAUAUACUGUAAUGAUAACAAUAUUUUUUGGGGGGGAAGCUUCUACCCCUCAAAUGCCCUAGAUAGAACCUUGCUCUCCUUGAGAGCAUCUUGCUGUCUAUUUUUUGACAAAAGGACUAAUGAACAAGAGUUUUUUCGCGCCUUAAAAGACUGCACGCUAGGAAAUUAACAAAAACAAUUAUGGCAGGUUUUCUUGGUCCCAAGGAUACCAAAACAAGGACACCCGGUCUCAAAUAUGGGCACAUAAGUCUGUCCUUUGGAGUGUGUAUCAAGGAGACAUGGCUGCGUAAUAAGGACACCUGACCUCCGAACACCUCUGUAUGCGGACACUUGGCUCUUUCCCUGAGGUGGAUACCUCUGUAUCCGGACAGUCACUUCACUAUGUCCCUUUUGGCGCCUGUAUCAAGGAUACUUGAUUCUAAUCAUAAGGGCAACUCUGCAUACGGACACUUGGCUCUGUCCCUUUGGUAUUUUUCUUAAGAGGUUGACUGUAAUAUGGACUCCUCUGUAUGCAGGCAGUCCCUUUGCCUAUCCCUAUGCCUCUGUCCCUUUGUUGUCUGCAUUAAGGAGACUCGACGGUAGUAUGAACACGUCUGUAAUGUGGUUAUCUGACUCUGUCCCUCAGUGGGUGUCCGUAUUAAGGAGACUUCGUUGAAAUAAGGAAAUCUCUUUAAUGUGGCACUUAUAGCUCUGUCCUUUAGCAAGUCCGUGUCUUAAGAGGGUUUUGAUGUCUUCAUCAAGGAUACUUGACUGUAAUAUGGACUUCUUUGCCUGUAUGAAGGAGGUUUGAUUGUAGUAUGGAAACCCGAGUAUCUGACUCUAUCUCUUGGGUGUCCAUAUUAAGGCGACUAGACUGUAAUAAGGCUACUUCUGUAUGCGCACACUUGGCUCUGUUACUUAGGUGUCUGUCUUGAGAGAGUUUGACUGUAUUAUGGACACCUCUGUAUGCAGACACUUAGCUCUGUUCUUUUGGUGUCCGUUUUAAUAUGGGGUUUGAAGGUACCUACCUUCCUUUCUAAACACAUUAAUUUAUUUUAUUAGGAAACACGUAGACAGUUGUGAAUUUGGGACCCAGCUAUUGGCGCCUGUCUCUUCACAAACCCGAGUUACAGAAAGCCGUGGACGUGCAAAUGAAUUCCCAGGUUAUCAAGCAAAAAGAAACAAUGAAGUGCGAAAUACAGCUCUUUCCUCUUUACAGGGUAUGCUACGUUAUGCUCUGUCUUAGGCUCCAUUCACAUGGGCGUAGCUAGAGGGGUCUUGUGGUGCCCGUGAUCCCCCUUUGUGAGAUAAUAAUUCAUUGUUUUAUGUCCCUAUCAUUCAAGUGGAGAAAACGCGCGAAUCCGAAGAAUCAAUAUGCAAUAAAUCUUUCCAGCUAUUUUGUACACUUUUUCCUCCCCCCACGCUCACUGCUCAUCCGAAAAAAUGUCAAUCUUAGCAAAACAUGGCGUGGAAGUCGACAUGCCAAUCUUGUAAGUGUGUGCGCAGUGUGACAGCCCACCUCCCUCCCCCCCUGCCUUAAUAAAACCUAGUUACACCAUUGGUUGACACUAUACAUGAUAGCUCUUGCGCCGGCACGAAAACCAUACGGGACAUGGCUUUUGUUUACACUUAAAAACGGUGAUUUAGGAGCGAUUUACGUAGCGAAGCGAAGCUGAGCCGUGCCGAUCUCUAAAGUAGAGCGUCAGAUUGGUCAAAUUGGUCUUCACACUAUAGUAUAGUGUAUGGUAUGAACAUAGCCUUUGUUAUGUAUUCAGGUCACCACCGCUUCUCUCCUUGAUUCUAGUUUCUAGUUUUUUUUUUUUUACCUCCAUGAGAUAUUUUCUAACAUCUUAUUUCAUGCUUUUUUCAUGUAAAUCAGACGGACAAGGGCAGAAACAGAGCUGGAGCACUUCUACUCCAAUACAACACUUCACGAUGCCUGCGCGCAGUCCAGGAGACUUCAGCAGAAUCGCCAAUCAGUUCGAGAACAAUAUGAGAAGGAAAGUGGAAAACCAACGCUACGUUCAAGUUCCUUACACUCAUUAUCCACUAAAUUAUGGACCCCAUUUCGGAAAUUUUCAAGGAAUACAGUCUAUACAAUCUCAAAAUCCCCUACAGAACGGUGUUGGCCUUCAAGGUAACCCUAGGCCUUUCAUGCAGUCUUACAUAACACCAAUGCAACCUGGUACAGCUGUGCAUUUCAGUCACCAAAUGACUACUCAAAGUAGUGAGGCUUAUAACGCUUUUACAGCAUACAAUAAUCCAUUUGGGAUGUUCUGGCGACCUAAUUAG